UGGAAAGGAGGAGAAAGGCUUGUGCUGAAUACAAUCAGAUGGGAUGAGUCAGUUAUUGGUCAGGAAAGCAAAGGAGACAAAAAUGAGAGAUGUGGAUGAAUGCACAAUGGGUGUGUGUGUGUUUUGUUCUUGCUGCAUGCAUUCUGUCUAACACAUUUUCAUCUAAUUUAGCUCAAGAGGAGUUUUUGUUGCUGGGAUGAAGACGUUUAGAGAAUGAGUGAGAGUCUGAGGGCGAGAUGGAGGGGUGUGUCUGAGAGAGGGUGGAAGGAGGGAGAGGUAGAGAGUUAGUGGAUAAAUGAGAGAGCAGCGCUGGCUCAGCCACAACGCCUCACUGCCAGACGAAGGAAGGAGACCAGGAAAACACACAGACUGAUUUCAAACCAGCUGUUUUUAUAGGAGCAUCUCCUGCAGCCUAAGCUGAGCAGUGGAUAUUUGGACUUUGUUCUCACAUGGAGGCAUCUGGAGUAGAUUGUGUGCCAGGAUUUAUUCUGUAACUUGUGGCCGUGACGGAGGAGAGACUUCAGCAGUGGGAAAACCUCUGUUGUGCUUUUUAUUUUUCAUCAACAAAUCAUGUUUUGCGUGUGAAGAAUGUGCUACCUGUAGCGUCGUGUUGUGUACCUGCUGUUUAUUUUAGGAUGACUUCUUCCAACAUUUUUGUCUGUGUGUGAGAGCCUAGUAGAGUUCCUGAUUGUGUGUAUGUGGUGUGUGAAUGUGUGUGAGUCAGGAUGAGUGUUCCUAUGUUGAAGAUUGGUGCGGUGCUCAGCACCAUGGCUAUGGUAACUAACUGGAUGUCCCAGACUCUGCCAUCACUGGUUGGACUGAAUGGAACUGUCAUCUCCUCUGAGGGCACACAUGAGCGGAUUGUCAGUGGUUUGUACCCCGGCUCAGAGGAAGGCUGGCAGGUGUACAGCAUGGCCUCAGAUCCUGACGGCAGGUGUGUGUGCACGGUUGUCGCUCCUGCGCAAAACCUAUGCAAACGAGACCCUCGGAACCGACAACUUCGCCUGCUGACUGAGCAGGUUCAGAACGUGAGUCAGUCCAUGGAAGUGGUAGACCUGCGGACAUCCAGAGACCUGCAGUAUGUUCGAGACUCUGAGCCGCUGCUGCGAGGGGUAGAUGGACGUUUACACACUUAUGUGGCCAGUCCCCGCACUCUGACAGCUAAAGGCCUCCAGGAGUUAAAGGGCCAGAUGUCUCAGCUACGGCCACUCUUGUCAGUGAUGCAGCAGUACAGAUUGGACCUGCAGACACUGGCCACCUUGAGAAUGGAGCUGCUCAACCUAUCCAUCAUCCUGACAGCCAUUCAAGAGGAGAUUGGUGCAUAUGACUAUGAGGAGCUUCAGCAGAGGGUGUUACUGCUGGAGACCAGGCUACACAGCUGCAUGAACAAACUAGGUUGUGGCCGUCUGACUGCAGUUAGCAACCCAAUCACCGUAAGAGCUUCAGGGUCCCGUUUUGGCUCCUGGAUGACCGAUGCCAUGAUUCCCAGCUCCGACAGCAGGGUGUGGUCCAUGGACGGCUACUACAAGGGCAGGCGUGUGUUGGAAUACAGGACCAUGGGGGACUUUACAAAGGGCCAGAACUUUGUACAGCACCUGCUGCCCCAUCCAUGGGCAGGAACUGGCCACGUGGUCUACAACGGCUCACUGUAUUACAACAAGCACCAGAGCAACAUCCUGGUUCAGUACCAUUUCCGCUCUCGCAGUGUACUGCUGCAGCGCAGCCUUAGUGGAGCUGGAUACAACAACACUUUCCCUUACAGCUGGGGAGGAUCCUCUGACAUUGACCUCAUGGCUGAUGAGACAGGACUCUGGGCUGUCUACACCUCUAUCCCCAAUGCAGGCAACAUAAUGGUGAGUCGUUUGGACCCUCGUUCACUGGAAGUCCUCCAGAGCUGGGACACAGGGUUUCCUAAGCGCAGUGCAGGGGAAGCUUUCAUGAUCUGUGGCACGCUAUAUGUCACUAACUCUCACCUGGCUGGAGCCAAGGUCCACUUUGCCUAUCACACCAACACCUCCACGUACGAGUACACUGACAUUCCUUUCCAUAACCAGUACUCCCACAUCAGCAUGAUGGACUACAACCCCAGAGAGAGAGCGCUAUACACCUGGAACAAUGGUCACCAGGUGCUUUAUAACAUCACACUGUUUCAUGUCAUACGAAGUGAUGGCUAGAACGUCACAUAGGAGGUGGUAAGAUUUACCUUUCUAAAGGAUACUGCCAGUUGUUACAUACACACACUCUCACACUGACAAUGACUAUUCAUGUCAGCAAGAAAUGGCUAUUGUCUGUUUGAAUUUGAGUGACUUCAGAGAAUAUUUAUCACAGCAGAGACGCAAAUAGAAAGUUGGAAGUUAAAAAAUUUGACCUUAUUCUUAUUUUUUUUCUGUUUUAUUCCACUUAUAUAUCAAGAAGUGACUUUGAAAGCGGAGGUGGAAUAGUCAAAAACAAGAAAACAGAUUGUGAACUGAACUGCACCUCACUUCAGAAGUCAAUGCUGUGACGAUGGCCCUGAAGAAGAUAUUUUGGGUUUGUGAUGUGAUUGUGAUGUUCUGUCAGCAUGAUUGUUUAUUCAAUAAACUUUAUUGUCAAACUUUA